AUGCGAGUGACGUCGAGACGGCUUCGAGACCGAGCGCGAUUUGAGCGACGGGGCGGGGCGAACGAGACGACGGCGCGCGCGAGCGCGGGACGACACUCUCUCUCGCGCGCGGUGCGGCCGACGGCGCUGAACGCGGAGGGUGAAGAGAGGGUAAAGGAGGAGGACAGCGGAGUUUCGGCUCGGCUUUUACUAAUGUGCGUCCCGGCGUUGUGGGCGACGUACGCGCCGUCGCUGAAGUACGUGUUCACUUCCGACGUUCCGCCUGGACCUGAAGCACUCUCGUUCGUUCGCAUGGCGUUGACGCAAUUGCCAUUCAUCCCGGCGCUGCUGUCGACUCUGGGGCGCUCGGCGUCGUCGUCGACGGAGGAGAGAACCGACGCAAAACGCAGCAUUCGCGCCGCAGUCGAACUCGGGGCGUACAACGCCGUCGCGACCGCGUUUCAGGCGUGGGGUCUGGAACAUACGACGUCGACACAUAGUGGUUUCAUCAUGGGCAGCGUCAGCGUCCUCGUUCCGGCGUUCAGCGUGUUGUCUGGAGACGCGGUUAGGCGCGAAACUUGGUUAGCGUGCGCGACGACGUUCAUAGGCGUCGCCAUCAUCGGAUUGGACUCUGUUCAGUCGGAUUCGAGUCUCGGGUCAAUUUCCGAGCGCACGUUGAGCGGCGACGUCGCCGUGUUCGUCUCGGCGAUGUGCUAUGCCGCGAUGACGCUUCGCGCCAGUACGUACGCGCGUGAGUUUUCGGCGAAUGAUUUGAUGGGCAUGAAGACAUUCGUAGUUCUCAUAUUCAUGACGGCUUGGUACGCUCGAGCGUUUGAUAGCGCUGGAGGCGCUGUGGACGACGCGUCGUUUGCGUUUUUGGCGUCACCCAUGGUUCGCGCGGCUGUGCUGUAUAGCGCGUUCGCACCUGGCGCGUUGGCGAGUUACAUACAACUCAAGGGUCAAGGACGCGUGUCCGCCCCGGAAGCGCAGCUCGUGUACGCGGCAACACCCGUGUUUAAUGCCGUGGUAUCUACACUGGCGCUCGGUGAAACGAUGACGACGAACACGCUCAUCGGCGGCGGUAUCAUUCUCGCCGCAAGUGUGUCGAGUUUCGCGCUACCACCGCGCAACGACGCGUAG